GUAUAUAUUGUGAAGACGGGGAGAUGAACAGUGAUAAUAGUCUCCCUUCAUCGAUACAGUUAAUGAACGAGGAUAUAAUUCAUAGGGAAUCUCUAUCCUAAAUGGUUAAACAGAUUUAUAGAUGAACCUAAACAAUAAAAGCUGGAGACAAUGAUAAACCCAAAGAAGUAGUGUCACCAAUAUGGCUAACUGUCUCCACUUCUUGUAUUUGAUGAUCCUGGUGGUGGAGGUGGUGAAGGUGGUGAAGGCCCACAUCCGGUAUCUACCUGGUCUACCGCCUGUUUAUGAACGACACGGUAAUCUGACCCUUGGUAUAGUUGUUCCGGUUCACAAAUACGACGCGGAUUUGAUCUGCAGUUCCCGUAUUAGAGAAUUGGGAACUCUUCAGAGAGUGGAAGCAAUGGUGUUCGCUAUCGAUGAAAUCAACUCGAAUUCGUCCAUCCUUCCAAAUCACACGCUUGGUUUUAAGCUACUGGACGAUUGUUCUAAAGACACGACUGCUCUAGUUAGAAGCUUGCAUUUUAUACAGACAAUAGACAACGAAACGUACAGCACAGAAGAUCUAGCGGCUUAUCGUGUCGCCGGGGUUAUUGGAUCGGAGAGCAGUAGAAAUUCGGUCCAAAUGGCCGACAUGCUGUCCAUUUUUAAGGUGCCCAUGUUAAGUUAUAUUUCCACGAGUCCUGUCCUAAGUGACAAAAAUGUAUACCCGUAUUUUUCGCGUAUCGUCCCCUCGGAUGUUCUACAGGCUAAAGCUAUUGUGGAUAUACUCAAUCGUUUUCAAUGGACUUAUAUUUCUGUGGUCUAUGCCGAAGGGAGUUAUGGGACAAUGGGGUUCCAAGCUGUAAAGACAAGGGUUGAGGAGAGUGGCUCAUGCUUAGCUGUCACCAGGGAGAUGCGACAAUCAUUUACGGACGAGGACUACGAUCAUAUCAUUAAAGAACUUUUAGACACCAGACGAGCCAAGGUCGUGGUCGUGUUCUCGCCGUUGUCACAAGCUAGAGAACUCCUGAAAUCGGCGGAACGGAAUCACGCUACGGGAAACUUCACGUGGAUCGGAAGUGACGCUUGGGGUCGAAAUAUACAGGAUUAUAAUGGCGUAGAAAAUGCCGCACUCGGUGCGCUGACGAUUAAAUUCUAUUCCCCGGUUAUUGAAAGAUUUGACAACCAUUUUAAGUAUUUGACGGCCGCCAACGCCUCUCAAAACCCUUGGAUAAAAGACUAUAUAUCCGCUCAUUUCAAGUGUAGUUUCAAUGAUUCAGCUGCAGACUCGAAAUGUAACAAUUCCAUGAAUUUUGUUCCUGGAUAUAAACCGGAAAUAACAGUAUCCUUGGUGAUGGACGCCGUGUACGCAUACGCACGUGCCUUACACAACAUACUCUCUACCUGUAAAGAAGCUAUGACGUCACCACAGAAUUGCAUUGACGGUGACACCAUGGUGAAGACCUUACGUAACAUCACGUUCCAAGGUGCACACGGAGAGGUUGGUUUCGAUGAAUUUGGAGACGGUGUAGCGACUUACGAACUACAAAAUGUCCAGUUUGUAAACAACACGUAUUCGUUACAAUCCGUUGGACAUUGGGAUAGCCGCAAGAAAAUUUUUACCGAGUUCCGUCCGACCGACAUCAGAUGGAACACCGCAGAUUUUAAAAGCCCAGUAUCAACUUGUAGCGACCCAUGUGAUAUGGGCUACCAAGCUGUAGUUACCCAGCCCCAUUGUUGCUGGUACUGCCAAAAAUGCCGAGACAACGAAAGAACUGUGAUGAGAGAGGGGCUGGCAAAAUGCGAAAUCUGCCCAAAAGCGGGUAACUUCACGUGGCCGAACGCCGAAGACAAAACUCGAUGUGAACUAAUUCCCCCGACUAUUGUGUCUGUAAAUGAUUUUACUGGGGUUCUAAUUGUUGCCUUUGAUAUAUUCACCAUUCUAAUGACCAUAGUAACCACUGUGCUCUACGUCCUUAACAAUAAAGAGAAACUUAUUAAAGCGAGUAGUCGUGAGUUAUCGUACCUGAUCCUAGGUGGCGUUUUCAUCUCUAGUAUCAUUGUGACGUUUUUUCUCGUGAGCCCGACUGACGUCAUUUGUACUAUAACGGAUUUUGGAUUUCACAUGAGUUUUACCUUCUCUUAUGGUCCGCUGUUGGUCAAGACGAACAGAAUUUACAGAAUUUUUACGUCAGGCAAGAAGUCCAAAAAACGACCACCAUUCAUCGAUUCGAAAUAUCAAAUUAUUUUUGCAGUUGUAACCAUCUUAAUACAGAUUGUCAUACUAACAGUAUCCACCAUCAUACAUUCACCUAUAGCCGUCACACAGAUGCCUAGUCUCGCGGAGCCUUACGUCGAGAUCACGUGCAAGAUACCGGAAGUUGGCUUCUUGUGUUCUUUAGUGUACAACCUGAUGCUGGUGUUGAUGUGUACAUUCCACGCCGUCAAGACGAGAAAACUACCCGAUAAUUUUAAUGAAUCCAAAUUCAUUAGUUUCUGUGUUUAUACGACCAUUGUUCUGUGGAUAGCCUUCAUACCGACUUACUUCACCACGACUAAAACAACGUAUCGGGCUAUGUUUCUCUCGCUCGCCAUGCUAGCCAAUUCUAUUGUCACCAUUUUCUUUUUGUUUGUACCGAAAUUAUACGCCUUAUAUCUGGUGUCUGUUGAGAAACAGCACGUGGCGGCAGCGACCUCGACGCUUCGUACCGUUACCAAUGACAACCGUGGUCUAAGUAAUUUACCCAAGCCUAACGGUAUGCAAGUUGUCGGCAAUGCAAAGGUUUCUCCCAUAGUUUGAUAUUAGAAUCGGACACUCGAGUAUCAUUUGUUGUGGAGAAGGGAAAGAGAGAGAGAAAUGGGGUUUAUCGUCCACUCGACACAAACUAGGUCAUUUCGGGACUAACACAUAGUUGAAUUUUAUUUCAAUAAUUCACUUGCGCAUAGGGGUCUUUAGCAGUGGAAAGAAACUGGAAGACCCGGAGAAAACCCACGAGGUAGGGCAGGCGACACUGCUCCUUGUCACGUAAAUCCGGGGAAUCGAAACCACGCCGGUUGACUCAAUGACAUACCCUAUGAUAUAGCGCACACGUGCUAACCAUUCCGCCAUCCAACCCCCCAAAGUACAACAUACCUUGAUAGAAUUAACAGGAUUUUAAUUCUUGAUAAAAGAUCGUAACAUUGAAACGUUCCGUAUUAAACCUCGGCUUUAUUUUACCACAGUUUUUACCCGCGCAUUUUGGGUAUCAUCAGCUGUAUCGUUCGGUUGACUUUUUCAGUAGGAUGUUAAACCCCAUUUCAUUUCAUUUCAUUUUCCCUUUUACUCCACUAAACCAUGAGUCCAUUCACGGGGGAGACACCCAGUCACAUUAUCCGCUAAUUGUGCUACAUGUAUUUUUAUCGACCAAUCAAAAGUUCCAUAAAUAUAAAGCGAGUGGACGAAGGGAAGUAACUCGCAUUUUAUUGAAACAAAGGUGGCCGAAUCCUUGUAGUAUACUUUGUCAAAAUAUAUCUUUUUGUCUGCUUGUCACGUCUUUGAUUUUCAAUGCCUUGCAAAGUUUCUCACAAUCGAACGUACAAGCUGCUGUAUUGUGGUUAACAUAUACAAUGAUGCUAAGACUGGUGCGAUAUGGCCAAUUAAAUCAUCAAGGGCAGGUAAUUUAAAUUCGAGAAUACCCCGUGAAUGCACCCAGGGGUUAGUGGAGUAGAGCGGAACGAAACCACUGGGGAUAUCGAGGAUGUUACCCGUGGUGCUUGAACCAUGCGGGUUCAAGGUCGUCUCUUCUGUUCUGGUGGACAGUUGGUUUGUAGACCUCCUUGCAACAGGCGAUGUUGUUGGUUUUUUUUCUCAAUUUACGUCCGAUCAGGGAAUGUAUUUCCUGUAGUGCCUUUGUCUUUAAAUUAUGUAAAAAAAAUACAUUUCAUUCAUCGUGCGAUUGCUAGUACUGCUAAGCUGAUACCGUUGACUAAUGAAGCUAGGCCUUUUAGUAAUGACAAGUUUUGUGAUCAUUAAAUAAUAUAAGUUGUCAGUAUUCUAAACUAAUGUUUAGUAUGUAUAGAAAGUAGUAAGAAAUAAUACAGUUGUCAUUAAUUAGCAGGUGUGUAACUAGCUGUAAAAGAUGUCACUACUGGUGUAAAAGUGUGACUAUUUCUAAUACCCAUCAUUAUUGAAUACACAAUAGUGGUGUAUAUCAUUCAAUAGUCACAUCUGUAACACCUUAGUGACAAAACACCUACCUAAUGAUUACUGCCUGAUUACUAACAAUUUUAACUAAUACACGUCAUGUAUAUAAACUGACGAUAUGAUCUAUUAGUGUCGUAUAUUUUCAUUUAUAACUGUUAUUUGUUGCUUAAUCAACGAUGUCAGCGUUAGAGUGGAGGUUAUUUUUUUUUAAAUCUUAAAACAUUCCAGGUAACAUAUACCCUUGUUAAAACUUGCUUCAUUAGUACCCGGUCAGGAAGCCGAAGCACACGGAUGGCUGUUGUACCAACUAAGUUUAUUUUUCUAUGAAAAAACGUAUGAAUGACGGUAACACUUUCGUUUUAUUUAAUAAAAUAGUUAGGAAAACAGCCUAUCCAGUUAGCACCUAUUAAAUCUGUAUGACUAGGACGACCAUCUUCCCAUUGUGUCACCAAGUUAAACAUACAUUAUGCAAGAGCUCAAUCUGCUUAUUCCAGGUCUUUCUUUAGUCCUGAAAUGUUAUAUAAAUUAUUAAUUAGACAUUAAUUAACUUAUCCAGACCAUAAUCAACUCUCGAUGUCAUCGUUAGCCUGCGAUAUUUACUGGAUUAGGAACCGAUUUGCUGCUCCACUUUCAUUCAUGAUUUAAUCAUGAAAUGGAUAAUCGAGACUGUGUUUUUAUCGUACCAACUUUAGUAAUGAUGAUCGAGGCUAGGCCGAAAAUCUCGGUUCACAGUGGAUCAAUUUGACCGAAAUUUUCAGCAAAUUCCCUUUACACUAUCUAGUUUUUAACUAUUAUAGUGAGAACUGCCAGCUCUUUAUCUAAUCUCCCAUAAUGUAUCUUUAACAAGUGAAGCAGGGUUAUUGAGAUGAACCGGUAAUUUUAUAUUGUAUAGAAUCAAGAUAUUUAUGUCGGUAAUUGUAUAUUUUAUAGAAUCAAGAUAUUUAUGUCGGUAAUUGUAUAUUUUAUAGAAUCGAGAUAUUUAUGUCGGUAAUUGUAUAUUUCAUAGAAUCGCGAUAUUUAUGUCAGUAAUUGCAUAUUUUAUCGAAUUGAGAUAUUUAUGUCGGUAAUUGUAUAUUUUAAUAGAAACGAGAUAUUUAUGUCGGUAAUUGUAUAUUUUAUCGAAUUGAGAUAUUUAUGUCGGUAAUUGUACAUUUUAUAGAAUCGAGAUAUUUAUGUCGGUAAUUGUAUAUUUUAAAGAAUCGAGAUAUUUAUGUCGGUAAUUGUAUAUUUUAUCGAAUUGAGAUAUUUAUGUCGGUAAUUGUAUAUUUUAUCGAAUUGAGAUAUUUAUGUCGGUAAUUGUAUAUUUUAUAGAAUCGAGAUAUUUAUGUCGGUAAUUGUAUAUUUUAAAGAAUCGAGAUAUUUAUGUCGGUAAUUGUUUAUUUUAACGAUUUAUGUAAUUUUGUACACAGAAUCGAAUUGUUAAGUUUGUAUUGUUUUAAAAUUGUUAAUAAACGCUUCAGAGUUAUUUAAUAAAUUAUAUGUAUAAUG